ACACGUGGUACUCGUUGUUUUUCACUGACCGCAGUAACGAGUCGCCUGGAAAAUAAUGGAUCUUCUUGUAUUGCUGCUGUUGUGCAGUGCUCCACUCAUCCGAGGACACAGCUCAGGUCUGGUUAUAGACAGUUGUGAAGAGUUGAAAUCCCAUCAAUCAGGGCUGAGCCCACAAACGGCACCAUCGCCCUUCAUAGUCACCACAGAGCAAAGGCGCUACAGAGUUGGAGAGGAUGUCAAAGUUGAGCUACAGGGUCCGGCCUCCACACCAUUCACAGGUUUCCUGUUGGAGGCUAUAGAAGUGGGAAGUGAGACUCCUGUGGGUUCCUUUGCCAUACCAGCAGGGGCUGCUAAACUCCUCGCCUGCAGCCAAAGACCUAGCUCGGCGGUGUCCCACACAUCAGGCUUUAAUAGCAGCUACAUUCAGGUGACAUGGAGCUCAGAACCAUCAGGAGACAUCAAAGCUGUUCAGUUCCGUGCAUCCUUUGUGCAGAAUUCUACAACAUUUUGGGUUAAUGUGACGAGCCCUGUCCUGACCUUCACUAACGGCAGAGCUGCUAGAUCUGCAGGUGCCCUCAGUGGGAGUGGCAUGUGCUUCAGUCAGCCUUCAAACUGUGACCCAGCGGUCAGCGCUAGCUGUUAUUUCAUGUCAGCCAUGAUGUUAGCCGGUGGUACAGCUGUGCAGUAUGAGAUGACUGGUCCUUAUGAAGGCUACAUCGCUUUUGGAUUCUCUGAUGAUCGGAAGAUGGGAAACGAUGACAUUUAUGUUUGUGGAAUGAACAGUAAUGGACAAGUUGGUGUGCAACAUAUGUAUUCAACAGGACUUACAACUCCACAAGUUGUUCCUCUGGGGAACGUUUAUAAUAUAACAACGUCAUUGCAGAACAAUGUCAUCAGUUGUUCCUUCACUACUACGGAGAUAAUUUCUAUACAGGGGACUUCAGGUUUCAGCCAAUCCUACUACUUCAUGUUUGUCCACGGACCCAGCAGCAAUGGACAAAUCCAAUUCCAUAAGCACGACUUCGUCAGCACUACUAAGAUGGCCAUUCCUACUCCUGUGGUUGUCAGUAAAAGGAGAUUUCCUGAUAUCAUCAAAGCUCAUGGGUCACUGAUGCUGAUUGCCUGGAUGACCACGGGAACACUGGGAAUGAUGGUUGCCCGAUAUCUGAAAAAAAUGGCCAAGGGAACAACAAUGUGCAACAAAGAUCUCUGGUUUGUGGUCCAUGUUGGAGUAAUGCUGCUGACGGUAGCAGCCACAAUCAUUGCUUUCAUCCUCAUUUUCGCUCAUACUCGGGACUGGUCUGGGGGAGCACAUCCAGUGUUGGGGUGCCUGGUUAUGAUCCUCUCCUUCUUCCAGCCUAUAGUGGCUAUGCUGCGCUGCGGACCACAGCAUCACCUGUAUGUAUCCAUCUGUGUGUGUUUCUAA